AUGGUAGGAGAUAAAGGUCUUUCCUUGCUAGGCUAUCAUCUAUGCAACUAUAGUGUGACCAAAAAUGUCUUUAAAAUGGUUGCCUAUCAAAAGUCAUAUGAGAAAAACACCUUAUGUGGAGGAUGGAUUCCAUGGAUGGUUUGUCCCAAAACUUACCACAAAACUAAGUAUCGUACUAUUGAAGUCCCUGAGACUGUGAAUUUUACAGAUUGCUGUGAAGGUUAUGAGCAAGUCGGACUCUACUGUACUUUAUCCCUAAAUAGAUCCAGUGAAUUUGCCUCAAGGCCUGGUAUUUGUCCAAAGGAAGAUAUGGAAACAUCAAAUUAUUCAUGCACAUUUGACACCGACUGUCCAGGACUUAAAAAAUGCUGCAACUCAUCCAUAGGAGCAGGCUGUGUUACUCCUUUACCAGGCGAGAGGAACCUAAGAAAAUACUGGUUUAAUGCAUCAGUCCUUGUGAAAAUGGAUUUUAAUGAAUUACACAGAAUAGAUCCAAGACUUUUGAAUCAUUCACGCCUUCUGCAUGCCCUGAUGACUGGUGCACUACAGCCCUUUCAUUCCUCAGUGUACCACAUUCAGACUGCUCACGCAGAAACAUACUCUGGAACAGUAAUAUCUCAUAUUCUCAUUGGAUUAUAUCAACCAGCUUCACUAAUAACAAUUUCUUCUUUGCUGAAAGCCAUUAUGAAGCGUGUGUAUGAAGUUAUCGAUGUAGAUGUACAAGAUGUAAAUGAAUGUUCCUAUGCUGAACUCAAUGCAUGUCCCCAAAAAGAGCUUUGUAUAAACAUGGAAGGUUUUUACAGUUGUACAUGUGAGCCUGAACAUAUGGACACAAACUCUAGCCAUCUGAGUGGAGGAUGUAAAGAGUCUACUACAAGAUCAACUUCGGAUCCAGUUAGUACUAGCAAUAGUUCUGUGUCUCUAGAUAAUUCAACAAUUGUUCUGCCAAAAUCUGAGAACUCUACUGAUUCAGAAUGCUAUUCUUCUGCAAUUAGAAACCAUAGAAUCUUCAGUGUUACAAGUUGCAGUUUUGAAAUAUCCUGGAGUGUGAAUUCUACUCUGAAUCACACUUUCCAAGUUGAAGUUUUCAAGGACAAAGAUAUCUUCAAAAGCAUGGCCACUACAGAAAUGAGAGUGGAUGUGUCUGACUUGGAAGCAGGUAUAAUGUAUUUGGUGAAGAUAAGCUAUGAAACUUGUGGAAAAACCAUCAUCUCCCAUCAAAGUGCUAAAACUAAUGCCCAGAUAUUUGGGAUUACAAUAAGGAUCCUGAACUAUAACUUCACUGAACAACUCCACAACACUAGUAGCUUGGAAUAUCAAGAAUUUUCAAGAUUGCUGCUUACUGAGAUUGGAAACUCAUUUCCACCAAAUAUUUCCACAUUGUACACAACUGGGAAGCUGAAAGUGCAAAUUGAAUCCCUGAAAGCUGGAAGUAUCUUAGUAAGGCUUAGAGUUAUCAUACAGGAUCCUGAAUUUUCAACAGAUGCAUCCAGCUUUGCUCCUGUGCUUUCUUACCUGUACAAAGGUUCAGUAUUUUUGGUUGAUCAGCAAAGCUCCUCAGUAGGAGAUUGGGACGAAUGUGCAUUUCCUUCAGAGAAUGACUGCUCCAUGUAUGCUGAGUGUAUCAACGCAAUGGGCUCCUACAGGUGCCGAUGCAAGACAACCAUGGACACCAAUCCGUCUCGCCCUGGAAGAAACUGUGAAGCUGCUCAAAAACUUAAUGGAACAGUAAAACUAACAAGUGUGGAAUAUGUUCCAGGCUUUAGCAAUGCAAGUAGUGAAGAGUAUCAAAACUUUACACGGCUGUUUUUCAAUGAAGUAAGUUGCUGGAAAUGGGCUAAUGUAGAGCCCAUCGUAUAUAAAUCUAUGCCCCUUAACCUUAUUCAGCAAAUGGAUGAUGGUAUGAUUAAAAUGUCCAUUACCAGUAUUACUAAUGGGAGCAUCGUGGUAGGUUUCAGUUUAGUGAUAGCAGAAGAUCUGGACAUCCAGUACAUUGCCACAGCUUUCCGUGAUGCCUUUCAACACAGUUCUUAUUUCACAGCUGACAACAACAGUGUCUCCAUACAUGAUUACGAUGAAUGCAAGAGAGAAGAAGAUGACUGUUCAGCGGAGGCAUCAUGCCAUAACAUAUAUGGGUCCUACCAAUGCAGCUGUAAUGAAGGAUUUAUUGAUCUAAAUUCAGACAGGCCCGGAAGAAACUGCAAAGGCAAUAAUUUCUAUUCCCUCCUGACUUUGUUGAUUGGUAGUCCUGCAGCUACAGAUGACAAUCCUGCAGGCAGCACAGUUUUUCCUAUGGCACGUUCACUGCCUUGGGCACAUGUAUCUUCACUUGCUGCAGGAGAUUCCUUUGCUACUAAACCCAAAGUUCUGGAACACGCUAUGUUCUCUAGCUCUGCAGUACCGCAGGCCUCCCUAGACUCUAUGUCAAAUGUCUACCAUUCUCCACCAGUCACCCCUCUCCCAUUCAUUGCCUCUGCCCAGAGGCUUUCUAUAAAAGAUGCUGUGAAGGUAUUCUGUGAAAUUGAGAAGAUUGUCAUUGCAAUUCAGAAGAAAUUUCUGCAGCAAGAAUCUAUCCCAGAAUCUUCGCUUUACCUUGGGGAACCUCAUUGCAAUGUGAGCUUCAGCAAUGACACCUCUGUUGUACUGCAGACAGGGUGGAACGAAUGUGCAGCUGAAGUACAAAGUAAUCUGACUAACACCUUAGUGAAAACAAUACUUCGGAAUGAUAUUUCCUUGCAGGGAGUUAUCCACCACUUGAAGAUUGUAAGCCCUAUUCAUUGUGUAUUUCAAAAUGACCUCUUGACUUCAUCUGGAUACACUCCAGAAUGGGUUUACACCAUUUUUGAGGAUUUACAUGGAUCUGGACACUUUAUUACUGAAAUGCAGCUGUUCGUUGGAAACUCUCCAAUACCCAAAAAUUUCAGCAUUUCAGCCAGUGAUGACAUACUGAUUGAAGUAGGAAUUUAUAAAGAGGGAAGCAAGCUCAAGGUGGUCCUCACUGAAUGCUGGGCAACUCCAUCCAAUAAUUCAAUGGAUCCUCUGUCAUUUGUUUUUAUUAAGAACAGCUGCCCAGUCCCAAAUACUUACACAUCUCUCAUUGAGAAUGGGAACUCAAGCAAAGCUCAGUUUAAACUGAAUAUCUUUUCCUUUGUCAACAAUUCUGUGGUUUAUCUCCACUGCAGAAUUCGCAUUUGUGUAGAGACUCCUGAAAGCACCUGCAGGACGACCUGCAACGGUGCUCGAUCCCUGAAAACAGGUGAAAUUAUUGCCACGCACAGAACUUCCUGGGGACCCCUGUGCAAAGCUGCUGGUAACCCUACAAGAAAGGAGCCUGGGCUAGGAGUUGGGUACAUCAUCCUUAUUGUCAUCACUGUGUUUGUUUUUGUGCUGGCAGUAGCAGCCGUUUUAAUUUUCCAAUACCAACGAAAGACUGGGAGAUACAACUUCAGAAUCAAAUCAGACAACUUUAGCUACCAAGUGUUCUAUGAUUAAAUAUUCCAAAGUUAUCGCAUCUGGAACUUGUCUCAUCACACAGACAGCAGCGGCUUCUCCCCUCUCAGCAGUUUGUUCCCAUUAGCCCUUAUGAUGGAGGCCAACAACCAGUCACAAUACUGAAUCCUCCCACGUUAUCAUGGGCUAUAAAAUGCUACUGUAUCUGGUCUUUUUGUCUGCCAGGCUUUUUCUUCAGUGCCCUCAGAGCAUCCCAUAGGUUCAGCUCUAGAUUCAAGCCAUCUGGCUGUGUAGGUCUGUGCAUCCUCAAUCAGCUUUGUGCACAGCAUGUUGCCUUUAUUCUCUACCCAGCUGCAGAGUACCCUUGCUCAUGUCAUGUGUUCUGUUACUCUUGAAAGCUGGUACAUCUCUAACUAUACAAGGAAGCAAAUCAACAAAUCCCUGGAUGGCUCUUCUUUUUGAUUUUCAAUUCAGCUAUUUAGGUAAGGGAUACCCAUAACUUAGGCUUGCAGCAGAAAUGUGGGGGUGGGUAUAGAAAUUGUAUGAAUUGAGAGACUGUAAAAUGGGUCCUGGCUGAUCAGCAAAAAAUACCUGAAUUGCUCCACAAAAGUUUUUUUCAGAGCAAUUUCUAGAAUAUAGAUUUAAGAGUUUUAACAGAUUGAAACUACAGUGGAAGGAAAGAGUUCUUCCUGCCAGUGACCCAGGCAUGUCAACUUCCAUUUCUCCAGGCAUCCAGUUGCACCUGCUUGUCUGUUAUUAUUUUACUAAAUGAAGUCAAAUAUCCUUCCCAUAUCCUUCUCCUAAACAGAGAUCCAUUUACAAGUUCAAGUUCACCUAGAGUGUAGAAUAUUAUCUCCUUGCUUUCCUCCCCAGAGCAGUUCUGUUACAGCUGACUAUUGAUACAGCAGAGUAGCAUUUUAUUUGGCCGAGAGCUUCUACAACUGUAGGCAAUUAGAUUGCAUGCUCUGUAGUAAACAGCAGUAGGCCAGUUUCCAGACUGGGACCAAAGGCCCAUUUACUUACCUAUUUACUUUGGCAACAGAAAUCAGUUAUUUGUAAAGGCACAGAACAACUCUCCUCUGCACAAAGGCAGCAUUAUUCCCCCUGUCCAAAAAUAUUUUAAAAUAAGAUUUCCCCCUCCUUUUCUCUCCCAGAUCAGUGGCACCAAUUUCAGCUAUGUCCAGGACCAGGGGUUGGCAAUCAUUUUGCCACCACAGGCCAGUCAUUGCAAUCCAGGCUCUGCCACAGGCCACCUUCGUGUGCCCAUCCUGGGGAUCAGCAGAUGCUGUCAAAGGAACAGUUAGGAAAGUGGCAAAGAUUAGGACCCUGUAGAAGCCACAUCUGCAGCAGUGGAGAGAACAAACUGAACAUGGCGACCAUGGAAGGUCAUAGGUAGGGAGUUACCGAAUUCACGAUUUCCGUGACGUUCAGCAAUGCCCAUGAAAUCCGCGGAAUCUGUGAAAACGUCAGGAAAAAAAAACCUUAUUAAAAAUAAAAUGCUGGCUUUCCAGAGGGAGCCAGCAGUCCUCACCACACUG